AUGGGGUCUACACAAUUUGGAAAAUUCCAAGACUUCUGUCGCGACUCGACGCUACCCAUAUGCAACAUUCUCACACAUAACAAUCAACCUCCGGGGAUCAGUUAUGGCGGCUGUGUCCUUCGCGGGAUCUCUCUGAGUAAUAACAGAUACCUUGCCAAUCUAGGCUCAAUACUGCUCUGCGGGAUUGCGAUACUGGUCACACUAUUCUUGUUAUGGCGAGCAGAACGAAAAGCAGCGGCUGUUGGUCGUCGGGAGAUGCAGCUCUUCUUGCUCGGUUUCUUGGUCAUCGAGAUAUGCGAGAUCUUCACCGUUGGUGGCUUUCCACUUGACAACGACGUGCGGAAGGGAUUCACGGCUGUUCACCUGGCAGCCAUCACAGCAACAACAUGGCUGUUGCUGAUGAACGCCCUGAUUGGAUACCAGUUCAUUGACGAUGGCACACCUUUGUCACUAGGACUAAUCGGAGGAAGCGCCCUGGCCCUGUUCAUUGGAACGGGUUAUAUUGCGCUCGAUACGGCCUUUUCAUGGACUGGAUACUGGAAUUCCUCACUGCAGCCGCCACAUCGCAACAUUGCGCUCUACGUGCUCUACCAGCUGGUGCCUUUGGUUUUUAUGUUCUUCUUCUUUGUUCUGGAAUCAAUCCUCGUUCUCAGAGUCCUUGGAGAGACAAAACCAAUGGUUUAUCUGGUCACGGCUGCCCUCCUUUUCGCUAUAGGGCAGGUCUUCGAAUAUGUGAUAUCUGUCCACAUAUGCAAUCCCACUCACGGCAAAAUCAACGGCGCUCUCUUCGAAACCCUGUUUACAUUACUCAGUGUUGUUGCAGUCUUCGUGUUCUGGGCCUCCAUUACGGAAGACGAUUGGCCUAUUCAGUAA